AUGACUGGAAUUCCCAUGAAAUCUUUCCCAGCUAUAAUGCAAGAUGCGAUAUCCGUGGUCCGAUCCUUAGAGUAUGAGUACAUCUGGAUAGAUGCACUGUGCAUUGUACAGGAUGAUGAGCAGGACUGGCUUCAUGAAGCUACAAUAAUGGGAGACGUUUAUUCCAACGCCGAACUCACCAUAUCCACUCUAGUCAGCGGUGACUGUCAUACAGGUCUCUUCCAACCACGAUCUGUCCGAAUUACGCACCCUGUACGCCUGGACAUAUGGCAGCCCAAGAUCGGACGCAAGGCCAAUACCUCCCAGGCCUUAAUCCCUGAGUGGUUACAGAAUGAUAUGAAGACUUUUGGACCCGUACACUCUAGGGGCUGGACUUUACAGGAACAACUUCUGAGUACGAGAAUCCUCUACUUUGGUGGCGGGAUACUGCAUUUUGAAUGUCUUCAUGACUAUGUUGUUGAGGCUAAUCCUGGUGGAUACUUACGACGACGAUACAUGCACGACGAUGAUCUGAACAAACGACGUGAUACCAAGAGGGCACUUCAAGGUGUAAUAGCCCGUGACACUAGACCAUGGAGAACCCGCGAGGAGACGCCGCCGUUUGAGCUGUGGAAACAGCAAGUCGAAGAAUUCACACAGAGAAAUCUCACUAAAGCUAGUGACAGAUUACCUGCUUUCGAUGCUAUUUCUAAGAGCUUGGCAAGAGUCAUUGGAUGCAGUCCACUGUGUGGGAUCUGGGAUGGAAACAAGCUGCUUGAAAGUCUUUGUUGGAAGACUAAGAACCGUCUUCCUGCCCCAAGAAACUCUCCUGGUAUACCAUCGUGGACUUGGAUAGCUGGGUCUGGCGAGAUUUCAUUCGACUUGACGAACCGAGACGGAAGGGAAGGCGUCCAAGUUUCUUCGGGUGUCACAGUGGUUUCGAUAAACACUGAGACCGCGGGUUCUUCCAUUACUCUCAAAGGGGACCUUCAUCGUAAGCAGCCUCUCAAUGAUGCACUUCUAGAGCAGUGGAAAGAACUCGUUAUCAAGAAACGGCAUAGGCCAAGCGUGUAUUUGGACCAUAACAUGGGAAAUGACCCAGACAUCUAUACUUUUGAUACACUUCACUUUCCAGAGGGACCACCGCCUAAAGGUUAUGGUUACCCAAGGUGGCCUAAUGGUCGAAACGCUGCAACGUUGAGGAUUUUACUCCAGAAAGUCGAUAAUAGACCGAAUACCUUCCGAAGAAUUGGUAUUGGCAUGAUAUUGGAGGAACACUCAAGCAUUGGUAGACGACCCAAGCCUGUUUAUCAUGAAGGAAUGAUACCAGUGCCAUGUAUCGACUAUGGAAUGACCCCAGACAAGUGGUUGAAGAUCGAUGAGGAGACAUGGGUUAAUCAGCAGUUUACGAUCAUUUAG